UUUUAAGUGGACCACCUCGAUGUCAUUCAACUAAGAGACGUCCAUCACGAUCACACAGAGCCGCGGCUCGCCGAGCGACGCUCUCUCCUCCCCCCCCCAGGAUCAGGGCGCGGCGGACGGUGUAGACGAUCGUCUACUUGCCCGCCCUGAACAGGUCCCCUGUUCUCCCCUCCUCUCAAACUCCCCGACAUGCCGUCCUUCUACGCCCCUGGCCUUCACGGCCUUCCUCCUACUCCCCCUCAUGUCAACCCAGGCCACCGCAUGGACAACGAGCAGCCGGUCUACGUGAUCGGGAACUCCGCCUUCCCGCCUCGCUAUAGCCAGAACGGAUGUGAGUUUAUCGAACAGUACUCGCAGGCCGCCUGUUACACCAAGUCGGUUCCGAUGAAUAUGCAUGCUCACCCGACCCACGCGAUGCGGAGCGGAAGAGACCUAUCUGCCAUGCACUCCGCCAUCGGCCAGCCCAUGCUCGCCGCCAUGGCGACCGCCCCUGUGCUGCCCCCGCUGCGCUCGAAUGUUCAGCUUCCUCCAAUGGACACCACCAUUCCGCCCCAGUACCGUCGGCACGAGGUGAUGCAACAGCAGCAGCAGCAGCAGCAUCAGUCGGAAGCGCAACAGCAGCAGCAGCACAACCGCAAGGAAGAAAAGGCAACCGGAGGCGUGGCCGCCCACCUGGAUUACGAGAUGGAUCAGAUGUCAGACUUCGUGGCCGAGAUGGCCCAGGGAAUCGUUUUUCCAGGAUCAUCAGUCCCACCUCAGUUCCGCAAAUACGUCUUUCAGAUCUUGUCCUCCACCCGUCUGCCCAGCUCGACGAUUCUGCUCGGUCUCUACUACCUUUCCGCCCGCAUGAAGAUGCUCUCGGCCGCCAAGCUCUACCACGCCGGCCCUGGUCAGGUCUAUCGCAUGCUGACCAUCGCCCUACUGCUAGGAAGCAAGUUCUUGGACGACAACACCUUCCAGAACAAGUCUUGGGCCGAGGUGAGCAACAUCUCCGUCGCGGAGCUGAACACCAUGGAACUCGACUGGCUCUUCGCCUUUGACUGGAAGAUCCACGACCGUAUCUACGAUUCCCACGACGGCUUCGCCACCUGGCGCGCCCACUGGGAGACCUGGCGCGCCAAAGCCACCGUUCGCGCCCAUGAACCCUCCCGCCACCAUCUCGCCCCCAUUGACACCAAUGUCUCCCGCGCCUCUCAUCUAACCUCCAGCAAGCAGGCGCCGAUUAUGUCGCCCGAGGGGCCCAUUCCGCCGCAGUAUCAGCGCAACCCGCACCUGGAAACCUCCUGGCUCAACCCGGCUGCUUCGGAAUACUCGCCGCCCUCGGCGCCACACAGCGGGCCUAACACCCCGGACUAUUACCCGCUCGGCUCCUGGGCUUACGCCAAUCCUCCUCCACCGUACUCGCGUGCUUGGAUCCCGCCCCAGCAUCAGUACCUGCAACCGCCAGCCCCGCGCUCGCAGCCCCCCUCGUACCACCACACCCCGGCGUAUGCUUUGCCCUUUGCCCAGAGUGUGUGGACGGGCCAUGGCUCCUCCUGCGGCUGCUUGUACUGCAUCAAACAUGCCGAGCACUACAUGUGUGCGAGUGCCAUUGGUACCAUGCAGCCGAUUCUGGCUGGGUGAGCUCCGACUGCUGUUCCUAGACCUUUUGGACGGCCUUUUCUUCUCUUUUCUUUUCUCUCUAUUUCUUUUCUAGAUUCCACUUUUUUUUUGAUAAUCUUUUUUUUUUUCGGUCAUGUCUCAAUUGUUCAUCUGUCUACUCUGCGUGAUACCGUUUUCUUCCCUGUUGCGACGAUGCCUCGUUUUUUCUAUUCGCCUCGCCUCGCCUUCUCGCAUCAGCCCGUCGACCCGGA